AUGGCGGUGGAGCUGUGGUCUGGUCUGCUGCUGGCUGUGGCUGUGUGGCGCUGCGCGCGGGACCGCGCGAGGCGGCUGCGCUACUGGAGGCCGAAGCUGCCACAGUCCGCGCAGUCCGCGCAGUCCGCGCAGUCCGCGCAGUCCGCGCAGUCCGCCUCCAAGGCGAAUCCGAGUCCCAACGGCGCCGACGUUGCGGACGUGAGUGUGGCCGACUUGGGCCGGGAGUUCCGGCACUGCGCCAGCAAGCUGGAGGAGCUGCUACGGAACGGAAAGCUUAGCCAGGCGGUGCUGCUGGAGGCGUACGGGUUGUACAAACAGGCGAACCUCGGGGACGCCGACGAGGCCUCAAGGCCCUGGGCCGCGCAGGUCAAGGCCCGGGCCAAGUUCGAUGCCUGGGCCAGCCGCCGCGGCAUGAGCCCACCAGAGGCCAUGCGGCAAUACAUCGACCUCAUCCAGGCCCAGAGCCCAGCCGCAGCCGCAGCCGCAGCCGCAGCCGCAGCCGCAUGA